AUGCCAGCAGAAUCUCAGUAUCCAUCCGUCGAGAUCCCGAGCAUUGGACUCUGGGAUUUCCUCUUCAGUCGCAAAGACCUCACCUUUCCGAAAGACAAGAAAAUCUUCAUCGAUGCCGCCACCAAUCGAUCAUACACUUUUGCCGAGCUCAAGUCUACCGCAUCCGACUUUGGUACAGGACUUCUGGCCGACUGGGACUGGCAAAAGGAUGAUGUGCUAGCACUUUACACUCCAAAUUCAAUCGACACACCCGCCAUUAUCUGGGGUACUCACUUCGCUGGUGGCAUCGUCACCCCAGCCAAUCCCGCCUAUACCGUAGAGGAGCUCGCCUUUCAACUGCAGAACAGCGGCGCCAAAGCUCUGGUAACUCAACAGCAUCUGCUCGACAAUGCCGUGAAAGCUGCCAAACAGGUCGGCAUUCCGGAGAGCCGCAUCAUCUUGCUCGGCGAUGGAAAAGACAGCACACGCCGCAUCAAGCAUUUCACAGCGAUCAGAAACAGCUCCCUUGAGAAUCGCUACAAAAGAAUAAGAGUUCAGGAUCCGGCGAAAGAACUCGCCUUCCUGGCCUACAGCUCAGGCACGACUGGCCUCCCAAAAGGGGUCAUGCUUACUCACAGUAAUCUUGUGUCGAACAUCCUCAUGUCCGUAUCCGCGGAACGCCACAUCUCAUCUGAAGAUCGAGUGCUCGCUUUCCUGCCGUUCUUCCACAUCUACGGUCUCGUAGUCCUGCUUCAUCAGACCAUAUACCGAGGUCUGACAUGCGUAGUCAUGGAGAAAUUCGACCUGCCGCAGUGGUGUGAGCUGGUCCAACAGCACAAGAUCACCUACAGCUACGUCGUACCGCCGGUCAUCCUCGGUUUGUCGAAGCACCCCGUCGUGGACAAAUACGAUCUGUCCUCGCUCCGGAUGCUGGUCUCUGCCGCUGCACCGUUGACGAGAGAGCUCAUCGAAGCGGCGCACAAACGGCUCAAAGUCCCUAUCAAGCAAGGCUUCGGUCUGUCAGAGACGUCUCCAGCUACGCAUAUGCAGCCUGUAGAGUUGUGGGAAAGCACAAUGGGCUCCGUUGGUCGACUUCUGCCGAACCAGACGGCCAAGUAUGUCUCCGAGGAUGAACAGGAAGUACCCGUGGGCGAGGUAGGAGAGCUGUGGAUCAAAGGACCGAACAUCUUCGCGGGUUAUCUGCGAAACGAAGAGGGAACGAAGAAUGCCUUGACUUCUGACGGAUAUUUCAAGACGGGAGACAUUGGGUAUCAGGACAAGGACGGCAACUUCUACAUUACCGACCGGAAGAAAGAACUCGUGAAGUACAAGGGCUUUCAAGUCCCACCUGCUGAACUGGAAGGCGUCCUUCUUUCUCAUCCCAAGAUCGACGAUGUCGCAGUGCUCGGCGUUCAACGCGAUGAUCUGGCGACGGAGGUCCCGCUCGCUUACGUCGUGCCUAGGCAGGGCGAGACGGCCGGACCACAGCUGGAGAAGGAGAUCGUCGACUGGAUGGCUUCGAAGGUGGCUAAUCACAAAAGGCUGCGAGGCGGCGUCAAGUUUGUAGGCGAGAUUCCUAAAUCGGCUGCGGGGAAGAUUUUGAGGAGAGUGUUGAAGGAGAAGUAUUCGCAGGACGAGAAGAAACGGGAUGCGAAGCUGUGA